AUGGAACAACAACUGCAGGCUUGGCUACGCUACUGUGUGUACUUCGGCAUUUAUGUGAAUGCAACGCCCUCUACGGAGCGCGUAAGUUCAACGGAGCUUUGCUGGGCUACCAAGCAGCUGUACAGAAAACGCAAUUUCUAUCAUCCGCGCGCAUAUAUUUACUUCCUUGCCUGCAUCACUUGCAUUGCGUUUGCGUUGAGCCUCGUGUGGCACACUUAUCCACCAGAUUUGCAACUCAAUUGGAUAGCGACGUGCAUACUUUUCAUCUCGCGCUACGUCACAAACUCACUCAUACUGCUGGAAGCGUUGCGGAAGAGGCGUGAACAUGAUGAGUUUCUCAAACUAUUGGUGGAGAUUGAAGCGUCCCUGCGUAUACGCUUGCACUGGCAGGUGGAAAGCCGGCAGUUGCUGGCACAAAUAAAAGGAUUUCUCAAAUUCCAGUUGGUGCUCUCCUUCCUCGGUCUGCUGCCCUUUAUGGUAUUCUCGUUAAUAGUUGUAGAGUAUGGCGGCUACUUCUGGCAAGGUCUGUGGUUCAUAUGCACCGCGCGCUUACGCACGCUGCAGUUGCUCGUAUAUCUACGAAUUUUACGUCACUACUUGCGUGGUUUAUGCCUGAAGUUGCGACAAAUUAUGGAAUUUCACAUGGCGCCCAGUUGCCGUUUGCUCGAUAUUGAUUAUGGCCGUUUGGGCACGCUGAAAUGCCUGUUAGCGGUGAAGGAGACUUACACGCUAAUACACGAAGCAAUACAGUUACUUAAUUAUUUCGCCGGCUUGUCGCUGUGGGGCAUUAUCAUUUCGUGCGUUUUGGAUUUGAGCUCUAACUUUUAUUGGGUGCUGCAGAGCUUUGAUAAUUUUCAUGGUCGCCGCUAUUAUUAUUUGAUCGAUCUGUGGUGGUUCGUUCCAGUUACCGUUUUAGUUUGGGAACUCUGUUAUGUUUGCGAUGAUUGCAUGCGUUUGCUAAACGUAGCAUACUUUCAGGGCUGUACGUUGACACAACUCUUGAGUAAAAUCAUUGUUUCAAGUACCUCAGGCAUAGGCAGGAAUUAUCGCAUUGUACUGCAACAAUUCUCCAUGCAAAUGCAACUUCAACGUAUUGAAGUUUCAGCGUGUAAUUUCUUCAAGCUGGACAUGCGUUUUGUAAUGUCGAUUUGCACCGCCAUGGCUAUGCACUUGGUUAUACUUAUACAAUUUUAA